CAGUCAGCGUUCGCGCACGAAUGUGACGGGUACAGUCGGGUCGGUCGUCGUGGCGGGUUUUUACUCGGCGCCGCGCUCACGAGUCCGAGCUCGAGAGAGCAGAGCUGACGUUUCCGCGCGAAGCGAGAGAGGAAGGAGAUCAAGUGACUCCGUUCCUCUCCUUCUUUCUCUUCCUCUUUUCCUCUAUUUCUCUCUCUCUCUCUCUUUCUCUCCGUCUUCUCCUUUCCUUCUUUCUAUUUCGUCAGUCUACGGGGCCAGGUAGCCAGGUAGCUCGAAGGGCAGGGUACGUAUCGACGACAGAGGCUGUGACCUGCUUCCGCGCUCUAUCCUCGCUAGCAGUCCGACUGGCGGACGAACCGAAGCUGAAUGAGGCUGAUGGAACCCUUGGGUGUCGCCCAGGACAUCGUGGAGCCGGCUGCGUUAAAACGAUGGGCCGACUAUCCCAUCCAACAUCGAUUCACGGACUAUUCCGGGUCGAUCAGAGAAACGGCGCAUCACGCUAUAAGUCCCUUCCCUUGUCAACCAGUGCUUAACAACAAGCUCACGCUAUGGACUGGAGAUAUCUCAAUAUUACAAGUAGACGCGAUAGUGAAUUCUACCAACGAGACGAUGGACGAUAAUAGUCCUAUGUGCCAAAGAAUAUUUAGUCGAGCUGGUUCUGCGCUUAAGAUAGAAAUAUAUAAUGAAGUAAAAGAAUGCAGAACUGGCGAAGUAAGAGUAACACAGGGUCAUGGAUUACCUGCUCGUUUUAUUAUUCAUACUGUUGGACCAGUUUAUAAUGUCAAGUAUCAAACAGCUGCGCAAAAUACAUUAUAUUGUUGCUAUAGAAACGUCUUACAAAAGGCAAAAGAACUAGGAUUGCGCACCAUUGCUCUACCGGUAAUAAAUUCUGUGCGGAGAAAUUAUCCACCGGAUGCAGGAGCACAUAUAGCUCUUAGAACCGUACGCAGAUUUAUGGAGCAAUAUAGUGAUUCGUUAACAUGUAUUAUAUUUGUACUUGAGCCUUGCGACCUUGGAAUAUAUGAAAUUCUUCUGCCACUUUAUUUUCCGCGAAAUCUGGCAGAGCAGGAUAACGCUUGUUGGCAAUUGCCGAAUGAUAUUGGUGGAACGGACGGAGAACCUUUACUCCCAGAUAGACAAAUCAGAAUUAUUGACAAUCCUCAGCACACUUUGCAUGGUGAUGAAACAGUUGAGCUUUCUGCACAAUUAGAGACUUCUGUGAAUAUUGGUGAACAUGCCUUUGCACAAAUGCAAGGAGAUUUGGAUCGCCAGAGACUUCUGGGAGAGAGACCCCCUGCUGAUCCAUUAGCAGAUAUUAUGCUUAAACAAAUGCAACAAAAAGAAAGAUACGAAAGGCUCCUCAGGAGGGCGAAGACGGAGGACUUGACCGAGGUCUCGGGGAUUGGUUGUCUCUAUCAGAGCGGCGUGGACCGACAAGGUCGACCGGUAGUUGUUUUCGUUGGCAAAUGGUUUCCCGCCACGAAAAUCAAUCUAGAUAAGGCUUUGCUGUACCUGAUACAACUGUUGGAUCCCAUCGUGAAGGGGGACUACGUUAUCGCGUAUUUCCACACUCUUACAGCCAGCAGCAAUUACCCCAGUUUGCACUGGUUGCGCGAAGUCUACAAUGUGCUUCCCUACAAAUAUAAGAAGAAUCUAAAACAUUUUUACAUUAUCCAUCCUACCUUCUGGACCAAGAUGAUGACGUGGUGGUUUACGACCUUCAUGGCCCCAGCUAUUAAACAGAAGGUUCACAAUCUGCCCGGAGUGGAAUAUCUUUAUGAAGUUAUGCCGCCUGACCAACUUGAGAUCCCAGCGUACAUCACGGAAUAUGAUAUGACGAUAAAUGGCUUGAGGUACUAUCAACCGGUCUCGUCAUCGCCAUCAACAUCCACGUAACUCGCAGAUAAUCGAGAUGAAAGCAGCGAGGCGUCAAGAUCGAGGCCGAAUCGAAUGUUCCGCGCGUUCUUACAAUUAACUGCUCGUAUAAUUACAGUGACAUCGGUGCGACACUUAAGCGUGAAAGCCGUACGCAUAAGAUUCGUGAUUGCCGGUAUAUCUCGCCGAAUUUCGGCAAUGAUAAGACGAAGAGCACGACGUUGUCUGGAUACGGUAACCCGUGUAUUCGAAAAGGUAAUCCGUCUCCGCAAUAUCCCGAAGUCGAUUUGUCCAAGUGCCUCGUGAUGGAUCGCUUAUAGCAAGAGGAAGGACAAAAAGGACGAUCGGCCCCGCGCGCGAAUAUUAAUACGAAUAUUAAUACAAAAUCAAGAAACCACUGCCCGCCUGCUUUUGACGUUGAUCGGUUCUUUUUACUCGUAUACGCAUGCGGGUUUUAUGUCCCCAAGAAAGUACAGAGAUAUAAAACUUGGUAUUGGACAAUCCGCGUUAAGAUAGGUAACCUCGAGAAAACUGGACCGACCAUGUACGCUAUUAGAGGUGUACUACUAAACAGCGUAUCCACCUCAUCCAGUAAUAGAGCUAAUAAAUUACUAUUCGCUUAGAGCGAACAUCGGCUGCCAAAACAUCAAUAAUCAGUAUUUUCAUCAUCGUCGUCAUCGUCGUCGUCGUCGCACGCAAAAUGAAAUUCGAAAGCUGAAUUAUUAAUCUUGCCCUUGUACAUAUUACGUAAUUCGUGGCAGAUUCUUAGCUUAGUAUUGUCUGCGAAAGCAGUAGGAUGGAUGAAGGAUGGUAUUUGACGACGCAUUAGAAUUAAACGUUGGCUUAAUACAAAUCGUCGAUCGCUUUCCGUUAUCUUCUUAUAUCAAUCGUUAACGAGCGAUUUGAUUAUUGUAUAUUGUCAAUAUUUUAUUAAGUCAUAUCGUUGAUAAUGAGAUCGUGCUACGCUGCCGCCAUCGUCGCGCCGUAUAGUCGCGGUAUUUUCGAUAUAUACUAAUAAUAAAUCACAUCUCUCUCUGCUACGAACAAAGAGCGGCUGGAUGUUUUACUGUGAUGUCAUGUCUUCGACGCUCAGCAAAUUUUAUUUAUUUUCAAACGCCGAUCUCUCCUCUUAUGGAGACGUCAACGCGAAAUACGGAGUAACGCUUACGCGGAAUGUUAGUGUUGAGCGUCGAAGUCGUACGUACGGGACAGUCCUAGAUUAGAAAAAGCAAUAAAUUUAAGAGCUUGCUCGCGAUGUAUUUCGGGAGGAAAAAAAAUCGUUAUCCCAGUUGUUAACCAUUUUUAGCGAUUAAAAGAUAUAAAUUAAAGAAGUUAAAGGAAAAAGACCCGCCGUUAAUCGCAUCGAUUAGCCCAUUUUUCACGUU